GAUAUGUGAGAGUUAGGCAUCUAUAUUCUAUACUGAGAGCAAAGAGUAUAGAGCAAAAUCAGGUGAUUACUGAUUAAAUGUCGAGCUAGGGAAAGACUUUACAUAACCUUAUAAGAUGUUGGAUAUUGACAUAUUCUUGGGGCAUGCUCUUAUGUUUGAUGAUAAUGAUUUCAUUGAUUUGACCAUUCACCAACGAAACUAACCACCGAGCGAACAGACGUCAGUAUUCCGGUGAGGCCGCUCCCGCUCCCACGUUGAUCGCCUCCUCCGGCGAUACAGCAACCCAAUAACAGUCCAGCAGACCCAGGCCACGUCAUCCUUUUCCCCGGGCGUACCCAACUGAGCUUCACACCCAAGUAUUCCCUUCGCCGGGAAAUCACCGGAAAGCUCCCCCGGGGACGCUUGUCAAUCAAGCGAGUCGUACAGCAAAGUUAAAAAAAUAUUAAUAGAAAGUUUAUAGAAAAAAAUUAUUAAUCUUUUCAAAUUCCGUGUUUGGCUUUAGACGAAAAUGGAAAAUGCGACAAAAUGGCGAUGCCAAUACUACUUCUUCUCUUCUCCUUUCCCUUUUUAGCAGGCGAGAGAUCGACGUCUCGAAGCGUCAGCAAAAAAGUUUUCCGGCUUCGUAUUACACCUGGUGGCUUGAAGAACAGUACGACCGCCGGCGGGUGAGCUGAUUUUCUAGUACCCUGUUUGGUUACCUCGAUAAGAGAAGCCCUGAUUCAAUCAAUCGUCCUCUCUCGAGGAAAGAAGGAAAGCUCCAAAGUAAUUUACAGAUUGAAUUGCAGUUGAUGACAUUGUGCAGCAGCUGGAACCCACUAGUCUGUGAAAUUGGUAUCGCUGCUCUUUGAAUCAGAAGUGCAGUACUUAUAAUGCCAGUGCCCAUUAGAAGUAUCAGAAAACCAAGUGAAAUGACGAAGCUUUUCAUGACAACUCUCCUUGGGAUCCUCUUUGGCUUCUUCUUGGGAAUAUCCUUGCCAACACUGUCGCUCUCAAAGUUGAAUCUUCCAACCGGUUUGCUUCCUUCCUUUGACAUCACUUACAUGGAGGACAAGUUCUCUGGUCUUUCGCCACAAGCACUGCUCAAUGCUUUGUCCUCUCUAAGGGGACAUAGUAUACAUUCCUUGUUAUUUCACCGAUACAAUGGAACCAAGAUAUGGCUCAAUGAAAAUCCUAGAGGUGCUGAGAGGUUACCUCCUGGUAUAGUAACUUCUGAGUCGGACUUGUUCCUUCGACGAUUGUGGGGUAUGCCUGAUGAGGACUUGGCAGUCCAGCCGAAGUAUCUUGUGACAUUCACAGUUGGGUAUGAACAGAGAAAGAAUGUCGAUGCAGCAGUUCAAAAGUUCUCUGAGAACUUCACCAUCCUAUUGUUUCACUAUGACGGCCGGGUAACUGAGUGGGAUGAAUUUGAAUGGUCAAAGCGAGCAAUCCACGUGAGUGCUCCCAAGCAAACGAAGUGGUGGUUUGCCAAACGGUUUCUUCACCCGGAUAUUGUUGCAGCAUAUGAUUAUAUUUUCAUGUGGGAUGAGGAUCUUGGGGUGGACCAUUUUGAUGGAGAGGAGUACAUUAGACUGGUGAGGAAAUAUGGGUUGGAUAUAUCUCAGCCUGCUUUAGAUCCUGAAAAAGGGACCACCUGGGCAAUGACGAAGAAAAGAUAUGACACUGAAGUUCACAAGUAAGGAGGGCCCAAAAAAAAAGAAAGGAAUAUGCUUUCUCUUAUGUGGUCAAAUUUAAAGCUUCUUUAGUUCUCAUGUCAACCUUCUUGCAUCCCUGUAGGCAUACUGAAGAGAAACCCGGUUGGUGCAAGGAACCAUAUUGGCCGCCAUGUGCAGCAUUUGUGGAGAUUAUGGCUCCUGUAUUUUCCCGAGAGGCAUGGCGAUGUGUUUGGCAUAUGAUUCAGAAUGACUUGGUUCAUGGAUGGGGUCUUGACUUUACCAUGAGGAAAUGUAUUGAGCCUGCUCAUGAGAAGAUCGGAGUGGUAGAUGCUCAAUGGAUAGUUCAUCUAGGCAUUCCAUCCCUCGGGAACCAGGGAACAUCAGAGAAAGGGAGAGCGCCAUGGGAAGGGGUGAGGAAGAGGUGUCAAAUCGAAUGGAGGAUGUUUUAUGAACGCUUUGCACAAGCUCAGAAAGCCUAUUACUGGAUGCUGAGAUUUCGUCGAAGAAGUAAUAAUGUCACGAAUAGCUAGAAGGAUAUGGAAUGAUCAUUGAUUCCCACCCUUUGUGUAAAUUCCACUUCCAGAGCUCCUACAAAAUGACCACAAGUCCACAAUCAAUCAGAAGUAGCAUUUUAGGUUUUCUGUCCUUUUUAUUUUCAUUAAGUGUGUUAUUGAAGUGAACUUUACUCGAGCUGUAGCUCACAGGUGAUUCACAAUUUAGACUGCUCACAUCAUUUUUGGCCAAUCAUCUUGUACUUCUUAACAGUUAACAC